CUUUAUUAUUAUAAUAUUUUCCAAAAUGGGAUAGACUAUUGCAAACAGUAUGAAAGAGAAUUAAAAAGAAAUGUAAAAGGAAAUGUAAAAGAAACAAUUAGAGAUGCUGUUGAAAUAAAGAUAAACUUAAUUAGCUAUUUAAUUCGCUUCAGGAAAAGAAUUUUUUCAUUGGUUCGCUUCUUUUUAUACCAUAAUAUUUCCAUUAUGCAUUAUUGGAGCUUUAAAAAAGAAAGUUAAGAAGAUAUUAAAUUAAAUAGAAUCCUUUGCCAUUGAUUCCUUUAGUUCCCUUAGGUUUUGUAUGUGGAUACCAAUAUGAUAUGUAUUAUGGGUAAAUAAUUCAAAUAAACUAGAAAUAAAAUGGAGAGAAUAAAAAAAGAGGCAGAAAGAUUAAUUGAUUAAGAGCCUUAACUAUUUUACUUUCCAAAGAAUGCUCAUAUUGUGUCGUAGGAAGAAUACUAAGAAAUUUUAGGGAUAAAUAUAAACAAAAAAUGAUUAUUAUAAAA